AUGAUCCACCGCGAAGUAGCCGAUGGUCUAGAGCGUCUUUGGAACGUAAGAGUAAACUGCAUAUGGGAAGCCGAUGAAAGUAGUCGCCAUGGAGAGGUUUAUAUAUUCGACCAUGUAUUUAAGCAGGAAUGUACAAAUUCAGAUGUAUAUGGAUCUGUAGUAAAACCUUUAGUCGAUUCCUUCAUGGAAGGUUUCAAUGCCACAAUAUUUGCAUAUGGCCAAACAUCUUCUGGCAAAACACACACCAUUUUGGGCAAUAAAACAGAUCCUGGGCUUUUCCAAUUAGUAUCCAAUCAGUUAUUCCAGCAUGUGGCAGACCAGGUUGAUAAGAGGUACUUGAUUAGAUGCAGUUAUAUUGAAAUCUACAAUGAAAAGAUCAAUGACCUCCUGGAUAAGAGCAAUCAGGGUUUAACUAUAAGAGAAGAUAUCAAAGGAAAUGUGCUGCUUGAUGCAAGGGAAGCUGUCGUAGACAAUGUUGAUAAAGUUAUGGAGAACAUGAUGCAGGGCAAUAAGAUCAGACGAGUUGCAGCUACUCGCAUGAAUGAGAGGUCAUCUCGAUCACACACGAUUUUCCGGAUUAUUCUGGAGUCGAAAGAUGCCAAUCAGAAAGAUGGACCUGUACAUAUAAGCUACCUUAACUUAAUGGACUUAGCUGGUUCUGAGAGAGUUUCUCUGACGAAAGCUGCUGGUGAGCGUCUUAAAGAGGGGGCUAACAUAAACAAAUCUUUGUCAGUAUUAGGAAAUGUGAUAAGGCAACUAAGCGAGGGGAAGGAGUUAUCAGUUAUCGCGAUUCGAAAUUGA